AUGGAGGCCAACACGCCCCUGGACUGUCGCUCGACGGACCAGCAACUCCCUGACACAACCCAUUGCCAGAGGCAACGCUCUCAACCACAACAAGAAGAAGCGCAGUCAAGCUCCAAAGAGCCGACGACGCCAUUACAAUCAGAACAGAGCGACAAAGCCUCCUCCAACGCAAGACAGGCAAAGCUGUUAGCCUCGAUUGAGAAGUUAAAGUCCAACAUUUCCGCCACAGAGGCUCAGCUAUCCAUAAAGCUGAGAGAAAUCAGGCAACUAAAGUCAUUCCCGACCUCUACCUCGAAUGAAAACAACCAAGAAUCAAUUCAAUCCCCUUCCAUACAAACUUCAGCUCCAGCUGCUGCUGCUGCUGCUGCUGCUCAGAAUCAUGAAAACUCUUCUGGCUCUCCGUCGAUGUCCAAGGCAGACGAGAAAGCAGCCCUCGCUCAUGCUCACUCCAUCAUCAACAGGCACAUUUCGCUCUUGAAAUCAUACAACGAAAUCAAGGACAUCGCUAUGGGAAUGUUGAGCCUCAUUGCGGAGAAGGAAGGCAGGAGGCUCCAGGAUGUCAUGGAUGAACGGGGCGUCGAGGAGUAUGACUGA